AUGACAGCCAGCUCAACAUCGUCAACAGCAGCACCAACAGACGUGUACCGACACCUGAAGAAAGUGAAGAUACCUACGUUUAGUGGUGAUAAAACAGCAUACAGAACAUGGAAAGCAGCAUUCUCGGUUUGCGUUGAGCAGCAAGAUUUAUCGCCAGAGCUGAAAUUAUUGCAACUACGUCAGUGUUUGACGGGCUCAGCAUUGAAAGCGAUAGAAUCUUAUGGAUACUCAGCAGCAGCGUACACCGCAGCAAUCAGGCGUCUAGAACAGAAGUUUGGUGGCGAUAGAAGACAGACAGCAGUGCAUACAGAGGCGCUGGCGCGGCUACCCGUGAUACGAAUGGAACGAGCUGCCCAGGAUCUGGAAAAGUUCGCUGAUCUUCUCCAAGUAGCUGUCAUUCACCUAGAAGACGCCGGACACAGCCAGGAACUUCAGGCUGGUGCAUUCUAUCAGCAGCUCCUGAAGAAACUGCCACAGUCUCUCUUGACGCAGUACUACCGCCAGAUGACAGAAAGAGGUGAAGCGGAGACGGUAUGCACUCUGCUGGCCUGGGCAUUAAGAGAAGCGGAUUACAGAACAACAGCACAGGAGACGCUCACUGGCAUCACCACACAGCCUGAGGGGACCGGUACACGCAACAAACAGACCUACAGAGAACAGCCAACAGCAGCAGCAUUAGCAGCCUUUACGUCCCCGGCAAGUGCCAGUUGCGUGUUCUGUGGACAGAGUCAUGAGAAGGCCAGGUGCUCUGUCGUUACAAACACAGAGAAGCGGAAGGACAUAGUUAAGAGCAACGGAAGGUGCUUUUUGUGUCUGAAACCGAACCACAUAAUCCGUCACUGUCAGUCGAAGUUGAAAUGCGCCAAGUGCCAACGUCGACACCACACUACCCUGUGUGACUCAACAUCUGACAGGCCAUCACCUGUAACACCACCCACGUCGCGCUAUGAAAAGAAGCCGGCCGCUAACAACCAGUCUAGGGCAGCAUCGGCUCCAAGCAAGAAGGGACCAACCAACCCAUCCGCCAGCAGCGUUACACUGUCAUCUGUCAGUGCUCUGACAUCCUCUAGCAAAAACAACAGUAUGGUUUUGCUGCAGACCGCUAAAGCUAUCGUCGCACCAAGCAUACCGAUGCGAGACAACGGGAUCCCUGUGAGGGUGUUGUUCGACGGAGGGAGCCAGCGCUCGUUCGUGACACGUGAUGUGCAAAGGCGGCUGGACCUAAAGACAGGCAGGCAGGAAUGCUUGAAAGUGAAUGCCUUUGGUGAAGGCUCUGGUGGGGACAGCGGUUUGAGAGACGUGGUGAAUCUGACCGUGCAGAGUACGGAGGGAGACCCCCCGCGGCUGGAGUGUGUCGUGAUUGAGGCAAUUUGUGCAGCAGUCCAGAACCAGCACCCUGCACAAGCAGUCCACUGCUGCGGUGCGCUCCAAGGCCUCACACUGGCAGACGACAGCGACGGCACAGCCACAAUCGAUCUAUUGAUUGGAGCCGAUCAGUACUGGCAAUUUAUGAUGGGCAAGACGAUCACGACGGCCGCUGGUCCGACAGCCAUCCAUACGCGUCUUGGCUGGGUCUUGUCUGGUCCUGCAUCAGGCACAACUAGUACGACAGGCACAUGCCUCGCUACUGAGGUGCACAGCUUAACGGCGCAGGUCCUUGAUCAGCAGCUGCAACAAUUCUGGGAGCUGGAGUCUCUUGGGAUACACCCAAUCACGGAAAAUCAAGUCCAAGCAGCAUUUAAUGAGACGGUGACGUUCGAAGAGGGACGCUACACCGUGCGACUCCCCUGGAAGGAAGUCCAUGCAACGCUGCCCGACAACUUUCGAAUCAGCAACAAGCGCCUAAUGUCCCUGACCCUGAAGCUGGAGAAGACGCCGAGUGUCUUCAAUGAGUAUGCUAGGGUGAUGAGGGAGCAGUUGGCAGCAGGCAUCAUCGAGGAAGUCAAGGACCCGGAAUGUGGUGAUGUGGGAAACGUGCACUAUGUGCCACAUCAAGCCGUUGUCCGAGAAGACAAGACCACGACAAAGGUCCGUGUCGUGUAUGAUGCGUCAUCCCGCUCAGGCAAGGGCCCGUCAAUCAACACCUGUCUCAACGCGGGACCCAAUCUGUUGGAGAAGAUACCCGAUAUCUUAAUGCGUUUCCGUUGCCAUGCCAUUGCCCUGACAGGUGACAUCGAGAAAGCGUUUCACAUUCUCCGCGUCGGUGAGGAUGACCGAGAUGUGCUUCGGUUCCUAUGGUGGGACGAUCCGUUUUCAACAAACCGACAAAUCAAGGUUUUUCGGUUUGCACGCGUUAUGUUCGGCUUGACUUCAAGUCCAUUCCUGCUGAAUGCAACCCUGAAACAUCAUCUGGACAAGUAUCAAGUUGAUGACCCUGAUUUCGUCAGCGUUGUGGGCGAUUCGAUGUACGUUGACGACUUGGCUGCCGGAGCGGACGACGAGGAAAGCGCAGUCACUCUCUACUCCAAGUUGAAGGAGCGCAUGGGUGACGGUGGCUUCAACAUCCGCAAGUUUGCAUCAAGUUCUAUCUCCGUCCAGCAGCACAUCAACACAGCUGAAAAGUCAGCUUUGGUGACUUGCUCCAUAUCACCUCAGGAAGAUGACCUGACGUAUGCCAAGACAUCACUAAACAGCAGCGAGAACGACAAAGUUCUAGGCGUCAAGUGGAAUCGAGUGCACGAUGAACUAGUCGUGGACAUAGCAGCCAUAUUCGCCAAGCCGAGCACCCGAAUGACGAAGCGCGCAGUGUCAUCAGAGGCCGCCCGCAUCUUCGAUCCCCUCGGCUUAGUGUCACCCGUCACCAUAAAGUUGAAGUUGUUUCUGCAGCAGCUGCACGUGGCCGGGUUUGAUUGGGACACCCCACUAUCGCCACAAUUGGCUCAAGAGUGGACCGCUCUCGUCAACUCACUGCAGAACGCCUCCCCGUUACGAGUUCCUCGUCGCUACUGCAGCAGCACUAUCAGCAGUGGUCGGGUAUCUCUGCAUAGGUUCUGUGACGCUUCCCAGACGGCUAACGGUGCCGUGGUCUACUUGAAAGUAGAAAGUGACGAGGUGGCGGUUCAGCUGGUCAUGGCCAAGACGCGGGUGGCCCCAACUGCCAAGCAGACAAUCCCGAGACUGGAACUGCUAUCAGCUCUGAUCCUAGCUCGCCUAAUGGCCACAGUGAGGCAAGCUCUAGAGAAGAUGAUUCUCAUCUCAUCUGUUCACUGUUGGACAGACUCGCAAGUCGCACUCGGGUGGAUCACCAAUGAGGAUCAAGAGUGGAAACAGUUUGUCCAGAAUCGCGUGGAUGAAAUCCACCGACUGACUGGCACAGGAGCCUGGGGCUUUUGCCCAGGGACGCUCAAUCCUGCGGACCUCCCGUCUCGGGGCACAACACCCGCAGAACUCCACAGGUCAAUGUGGCUGACUGGUCCAGCCUGGUUGCACACCGCAAACCGACCACCCGGCCAAUAG